AUGAAUGCUGUGGUUACUUUCUAGUUCUACUUGUUUUUGCUUUACAAAAGGGCUGAUAUUCUCAUCUUCCAUUACGCAUCCAUCAUAGGUAUACCAUACCUACUAAAACUGAGCGACAGAUCAUAGCAUAUCAUGUGAUAAGCUAGCUUAUAUAUACACACAAACAAGAGGUGGAAGGGAAAAUUUGCAGAAAAUAGCUGGAAAAAAAUAUCUAAUCUAGAAUUAUGCUGCUUUUCCAUCUGCUAUUCUGAAAAAGCAAGUUUAGUUUUAUUUGCGGAAAGAGAUAUAAAGAAAUUUGCAACAAUAAUAUGGGUAGGGGAAAGGUCGAGCUGAAGAGGAUUGAGAACAAGAUAAACCGUCAAGUGACAUUUGCAAAGAGGAGGAAUGGGUUGCUCAAGAAGGCUUAUGAACUCUCUGUCCUCUGUGAUGCUGAGGUUGCCCUCAUUAUCUUCUCCAACCGUGGCAAGCUCUAUGAGUUCUGCAGUGGCCCUAGGUACCCAAACCCCAUCAACCUUUUUCUUUCUGUCACUCAGAUUUUCUGCUUUUCUUCAACUUCUCGGGCUGUUUUCUUUUCUGGGGUUCUUGAUUUUCCCUCCCUGCUUUCAUGGGCUGCUUAAAGUUCACAUCUUGCUGCUGAUUAAGUGGUCUGUGCUUGUGUUUUUCUUUAGGGGUUUGUGUUUCAUGAAU